CGUCCAUUUUGUUUGCCAAUUGCGUAGGAAGUGUACUUUGAGCUGACGGUUAUUCUUCUGAUCUGUCUUUAUAAACUUUGCGAAGUAAGAAGAGGAGUCCAUCUUCACUUUGACAUUUCCUCAUCCACUGAGAAUCUUUGCAGCCUGCUUCUGUCUUGCCACCUCCUGUUGAUGUUCAUGUCUCAGAAGCUGUAGGCAGCGACAGUCAGGAACAGUUCUCUGUGGGUUUGGUGACUCCUAUAUACUCCAAAGACCUUAAACUUCAACAUGAGCGAGCAGCAAUCUGGACGGCUGAUGAGGGGCGGCGGAGGUGGCGACCAUCUUAACGGCGCCAUGAAGCUCUUUAGCAGUUUAGGGCUGACGCCCUCCGACCUAAAUGUACUGGCUGAAAUCCCUGAAGACGAAAUCACAGUGGAGACACUACCAAGCAUCCUCAUGCGGCUCAAGAGCCGCAAGGGGGCUUCAGGAGAGAGGGGGGGGACAUCUUCAGAGGCUUCAUAUCAAGGUGGAAGAGACAGAUGGGACUCUCCUCUGGGUCCAGGCCCGGCCCGGGCUCAAACUUCUGCAGACUUUGGGUUCGGCUCCAUGCAGAAUGUCUCCUCUGGUCGGGGAUUUGGUUCUAGUUAUGGUGGCGCUGGAGAUGGGAGAGCAGAGAGGCCAUAUUCAGAGCUUUCCCGCCAAACGUCCUACGGAGGACUCGGCACGGGGCCGCUGCUGUCAGACCCUGUCUUUAUGCAGAGGAGGAUGGGCUCCCCGUCAAGUGGAAAAGUCCAGGACUUCUUGGGAGAUGCUCCCUCCAUGUUCCCUCACGUGUGCUCUCUUUGUAACAUUGACGUUCAUUCCUCCAUGGAGUGGAAUCAACAUAUUAAGGAUCUUCGACAUGCUGAAAACAGUCGCCGAUUUUUGGACACGUAUCCAGAAUGGAAACCUGGGAUGGCAUCGGGUCGGAGUGGGGGUCACCGGGACACACCCAACAUGUCACCAGGGCUGCUGGGAGCAUCUCCCAUGUCUUUAGGUCAUACAGGAGGGAUGUCCUCCAGCUGGGGAGGAGAUCGCAGUCUGUCUGCAAAUAAACUGGUUCAGAACCUGGGACGGAGCAAAGUGGUGGUGGUAAAAUACGACAGGAAGCCUCUGAGCAACCAGACUCUGUUCUCCCUUGCUGAGAUGUUCGGCAACCUUCGAGAACACCUGGUCCUCGACAAAAAGGCCUUCCUGGAGAUGGACACUCAUGAAGAAGCUCUGGAUAUGGUGAACUACUACAAACAGAACCCGACCUCUCUGUACGGCAAACCCAUCACCUUCUACUUGUCCCAGACAUUGAUGGUCAUUAAGAAAAACCCAGGGAACCAGCCCAUGGAAAGGCCUGUUGCUGCUCCUGCUUGGGAUGUCAAAGGUCCCAGUAUUUGCACCAAAGUGGUUUUCUUCUCCCGCCUGCCCAGAGAGGAACACAAGAAGAGGGAGCUGCUGACCAUCGCUGAACGCUUUGGCACCGUGCAGAAAUACCUGUUCUUAAAAGAUGAGGCCUUUGUCCAGCUGGGAACUGAGGAAGAUGCAGAGAUGCUGGUCAAGUAUUACAGCAGUAACCCGCUCGUCAUCGAAGGACGGCGCAUCAGCCUCAACCUCUGCGCCAAAUAUAAAACCCUCAAUGUGAGCCACAGACAAGUGACUCAGUACCGGAGGGGCGGCAGACCAGAAUCAACCUCCACCAAAACUACGUCCUCCAAGUCUCCAUCCAGUGGCAGGGAGGAGGAGAAGGAGGGGAAGAAGAAUAAGAAGGUGGUGAAGACUGAGGAGACAAAGAAGAAGGAGGUGAAGAAGGAAGACAAAACGGAGAAGCCAGCAGUAAAAGAUGAGGAGGAGGAAGAGGAUUCAGUAGUGUUACAGGGAGGAGAAGACGAAGGGGAUGAUGAGGGACACCCAGAGGAGGAAGAGGGUGAGAAAGAGGAGGACGCAGCCAAGGAUGAGGAGCAAGACAAGGAUGAGGAGCAAGACGAAGAGGAGCAAGACGGAGAUGAAGAAGAUGAUAAGGUUGAAGAGCAGGACAAGGAGGAGGAGGAGGAGGACAAAGACCAGGAGGAGCCAGAAAAAGCUGAGUCUGUGAAGGAUGAAGAGGAGGAGCAUAAGGAGGUUCCUGAACGUGAUGAGGUCACAGCUGAGGGCGUGGUCACAAAGGGGGAGGUGAUGGAGGGACAGACUGAAGCGACGGAGACCGAAACUCCGACCGACGAACUCAAGAACAAAGACGAAGAAAAUGUAGGAGAGAGCUGUGACGAGGAAAAGAAGCCUGAAGAAAAGAUGGAUCAGGACUUCAUGGAGAACAUGGAGGACUUUGUGACGCUGGACGAACUGGAAGAAGACGAAGGCGACGCCCACAAAGAUGCCGAUGCCUCAAAGCAAACAAAGAAAGGGGGGAUGAGGGUCGUCAGCAUCAUGGGCUUCCAUCGAGACUACAACUUCCUCGAGGAGAUGCUGGCACUCGCCAAACCCUUUGGGACUGUGGAGAGACACCUGGUUCUGGACCGGCGAGCCGAGGCCUACAUCCAGUUCGCGAAGGAGGAAGAGGCGAUAGCCAUGCACAAGUUUUACAGCAGAAACGUGAUUGCGACAGUGUGCGGCCGCCAGGUGAAGAUUGUCCGGUCCAUUAGAUACCCAACCAUCCAGACUGCGUCCAGCAAGGUCGUGUACAUCGGUCAGCUUCCCAAUAUUAAAUACUCUGACGACGACGUCAUGAAGCUCGCGGAGCCGUUCGGAAACAUCCGGAAGUACUCCCUGCACAGGUGGAGGAGAGAGUGUUUCAUCGAGAUGGAAACGGUGCAGGAAGCUGAGAAAAUGGCCAACGCGAGUAAAGAGAAGCCGCUGACGCUUAUGGGAAGACACCUGCUCGUCUACGUGAGCAGGAAGUACGCGUCUCUCCACAACGGUGUGCUGUAUUUGAAAAGAACAAAGAGGACCAAAAGCAGCUCGCCGCAAAAAUCCACCGAACCCUCCGACGAGCCACAUGCCAAGAAGCGGAAAGAGGAGGAAACGAAGGAAGAGGAGCCAGAACAGAACUCGGCAGAAAAACUUCCAGAAGUUUCUGAUGAAAAGAACAUCAGCAAAGACGCUGCUGCUGAGGUCAAAGGUCAACAGGAAGAUGACCAACAGGAGACCACCAUGGAAACAUCCAAUCAGAACGAAGAAACUGAGACUCCGCCCCCUGCUGACAAGCCCAGCGCUGCGUCUCUGCCCCUGCCGCCUUACGACCCCGACGUCCCCAUCGGUAUGGAACACAUGAAGAUGGGUUACUACUGUCGCAUCUGUUUCCUGUUUUACACCAACAAAGACACGGCCAUGAAGCGUCACUGCAGCAGCCAAGCACACUACGACAAGCUGCAGAAACAUCUGGAGAAGGAACAAAAAACAUCAAAGACGACAGAGGCAUGAGACACAUGAAGUC